GACACAGAGAGAUAGAGAGAGAGAGGGAAAGAGAUAAUUAUAGGGAGAGAGAACAAGGGAAAACAGACAGAGAAGUGAAGACACCCAACCUGCCUCUGAUGAUCACUGGAGUGCACCAGCCUCUGGCUGCUCAGAUCAGAACUGCAAACAGAGAGAAAUUAUUAUUAUUUUUUAUUUAUAAUAACUGGACUUCUAUUACUGUAUAAGAAAUAGCUUUGGCAAUACCGGGUUAGAUUUCAUGUCAAUAAAGCAGCAUUGAACUGAACUGAACUGAACUGAAUUGAGAGAGAGAGAGAGAGAGAGAGAGAGAGAGCCUGCCUGCCUGCGGAUCAUGGACUCUCUGAGCACUGCACUGGAGCAGAUGAAGGCAAAUGGGGGGAUAGAGGAAGAGGAGGAGCUCCGAACACACCUUGACACCCUGCUGAGAGCACUGGAGGAGAACAGAGAGGGUGCUGCUGGACAAAUCGUGGCAAGCAGUAUUCUCCCCUCGCUGGCUGCAAUCCUGCGCAGGGACACAUCCCUCACUGCCCAGGCCACACUGGUGACUGCGGAGCUGGCCAAAAACGCGGAGGUGCGGGAGCCCUGUAUUCAGGCUGGGUUCGUCUCGGCUCUGGUUCCCCUGCUGGAGACAUCGGACCAGGAACUGCUGCUGCACACGGGCCGGGCCAUCGGAAGAAUAUGCUUUAACAACAGCUCUCAGCAGGAGGCUCUGGUGCAGUGUGGGGUGAUUCCUCGGCUGGUUGGGAUCAUGAAGCAGUUUCCUGAGAAUGACGUCCUGGUCAACGUGUGCCUGCUGGCACUCAGCAACCUGGCCGACCUGGACUCUGCGAGGGAGGCUCUCAUUAAGAUGCACGUGGCCGAGGUGCUAACUGUACAGCUACGCCGCGCUCCCAAUGCAGAGAGAAGACACAUCAUACUGGAAGUGUUGGGAGCACUGGGAGAGAGCGACUCUCUGAAGCUGCAGUUUGUAGACUCGGAGGUCCCGGAGGCGCUCUCAGAGAUGAUUAGGGGGCUGCAGGCUGGCAUGGACCCCCCCGACCUCUGCAGUGUCAAGAUCGCAUCCAGCCUCAUUGUGUCCCUGCUGCUGGGGGAUGAGGCGAUGCAGAAGUGUUUUGGGGACGGCUCGUCCACAGUGUAUCACGACAUCCUGUCCUGGCUGCAGUCCCCCAACAUCCAACUGCAGCUCUCCGGGGCGCUCGCUAUUGCCAACUUCGCCAGGAACGAUGGUAACUGUAUCCGGAUGGUUGACUCGGGGGUUGUCUCUCCUAUUCUGGACCUGCUGGAGCGCCAUGUGGACGAGGGGGACGUGUCUGUCCAACACGCUGCACUGAGCGCACUCAGAAACCUGGCCAUCCCUGUGGUCAAUAAGGUGCGGAUGCUGCAGGAUGGGGUCUCGGAGAGGAUUCGGAAGCUGCUGCGCUCUGACAUGCCCCCGGUCCAGUUCAAACUGCUGGGGACGCUGCGCAUGAUGGUGGAUGGACAAGAGGAGGCGGCGUCAGUGCUGGGGCAGGAUGAAGUUCUCCUCUCCAGGGUGAUGCAGUGGUGUAAUGCCCGGGAUCAUGCCGGGGUGCGUGGAGAGGCCAACAGACUGCUGGCAGCCCUGAUCAGACACAGCCGGGCACCUGAAGUGGUUAAGGCAGUGACCCGGGUGGAGGGGAUGCAGCACCUCAUCACCAUGGCGACGAACGAGCAUGUGAUCAUGCAGAACGAAGCGCUGGUGGCACUGGCCAUCGCCUCCACCAUCGACAUCGACACGGUGGAGGAACCCUUCAUGUCAGCUGGUCUGCUCUCCACGCUGCAGCAAAUGCUGGAGGACCCUGUGGUUGUGGUGGAGGUGAAGUUCAGUACAGUGGGGCUGGUGUGCAGCCUGGCCAACUCAGUGGAGUUGAGGUCUCAGAUGGAAGCUCUGGCUCUGAGGGAGACUCUGGGGAAGCUGAGUAACCAUGGCAACACCAAGCUGGCAUCACAGGCUGACACAGCGCUGAGCAUCCUCGCCGAGACCAGCUGAACAGAACCAGCGACCUAGUACCCUGCCAGCAGACCCAGCCCACCCCAGUACCCCUCCAAAAAAAGCCGAACCCAGUAUCCCUCCAGCAGAACCAGCCCAACCCAACUCAUAAAUGACACCUGCUACCCACUGGAACAGAACCCCCCCCAGAAAUCUCACAAUCCCUCCCAGCAGAACCACAGCGCUAGCAGAACUGGACCAACACGGACCCCCGAGAACCACCGAGAUCCAACACUGGCAACCUGAACAGUGACCAGACACACUCCCAACAGAACCCGACCGACGGCAUCUGGAACAGAACCCCAGAGCGGAAUAUUCUAAUUAAGACCAGCCUGACCCGGUACCUACAGAACCACUAACCCGACUCACACACACACGCACACACACACGCCACCAGCAGCCUGUUCACAGAGGAAUCCCACACAGCAGGACGAGGCGAUUGGACUUUUAGAGCACUUUUUAACAUUAUACACAGUUUACACUUUUUAGAUUGUUACAUUCCCUUUAAUGCAAAAAAAAAAAAAAAAAAAAAAACAUUUACAUAAAUAAAAUAAAUCUAACAAAGAAUUCAUAAAAAAAAAUGGUGACAUGUUCCUGAGAGGGUUGGUCUUUGCUGGUGCUACAUCACAGAAAGAAUCUGACAGGAUCAACCCCAGAAUCGGAGCAUGUUUCUCUCAGAACCAGCUCCUAAUGCACCUCCAAGUGGAUUACAUCCCGAUUCAAGCACACAUGAAUACAAUGAACAGCAAUAAAAGCUACAUGCAGAGAUCUGAUCUGUGCUGCAGAUCAUUUACAAUAGUGCAAGAAUAUCUGUACACUGCUAAAGAAAUGUUCUCAGACCAACGAGACUAAGAGAAUUGAAGCUAUCAUGUUUGGUUUUGUUAACAAAAACAGAACCCCAAUUCUUCUCGGUCUAAGACAGCAGUGUUCAGUUUCUGGAAGUAGAUUGCUAGCUGUAGGGCGAUUAGUUAGCAGAAGAAGCAUCAAACAAAAUGGGCUCGGAUUUGAAGCGCAAAAAUGUUCUGCCAUUUAUUUAAAUAGAUUUUAAAGUAGUAAGACUAACAAAGAAGCAACUGCAGUGAUGUUUGUUCUUGUUAAGGACAGGGGUCUAUAUGAUAGGAAUUCUGCCUUUAAGAGAUGGCCUGAAAUCAGAUAUUUACUAUGGGAGUAAAUUCUUUUAUAUGUGAGCGCCAUCUUCAAACAUCAUCUUUAACACUGAUCACACCUUGUCAUGUUAAACAACAAGCUGAAGACUCACUCCUUUAACAGACCAUUCAGAAUAUUCACACUAUCGCUUCUUGGUGUUUUCAUUUUAGAAAAAUGGGAGGCCAACUUUCAAUCUUGAAACGUUGACGUUACUUUUAGUCUUGUCGGUGGAUGUGUGUAUGUUGUAUAAAACUAAUAAAAUGGCAGUACAGUUGAA